CAAGCCGACACAGACACGCGUAGAGAGCAAAAUGACUUUGACGUCACACCACGAAAACAGACGCUUCAUACGUGUCCCUUUAUCUCUCUCAGUCUCUCUAUAAACUUAGUGAGACCCUCCUCUGUUUUACUCACAAAUAUGCAAACUAGAAAACAAUCAUCAGGAAUAAAGGGUUUGAUUACUUCUAUUGGAAAGAAAAAAAUCUUUGGAAAAUGGAUCAAACAGAGGAACCACCACUCAACACACACCAGCAGCACCCAGAAGAAGUUGAACAUCAUGAGAAUGGUGCGACUAAGAUGUUUAGGAAAGUAAAGGCUAGAGCUAAGAAGUUCAAGAACAGUCUCACUAAACAUGGACAAAGCAAUGAGCAUGAGCAAGAUCAUGAUUUGGUUGAAGAAGAUGAUGAUGAUGACGAGCUAGAACCUGAAGUGAUCGAUGCACCAGGCGUAACAGGUAAACCUAGAGAAACUAAUGUUCCAGCAUCGGAGGAAAUUAUUCCACCAGGGACAAAGGUGUUUCCUGUCGUGUCUUCCGAUUACACCAAACCCACUGAAUCUGUACCAGUACAAGAGGCCUCUUACGGACACGAUGCACCGGCUCAUUCUGUAAGGACGACGUUUACAUCGGACAAGGAAGAGAAAAGAGAUGUACCGAUUCAUCAUCCUCUGUCCGAAUUGUCAGACAGAGAAGAGAGUAGAGAGACUCAUCAUGAGUCAUUGAACACUCCGGUCUCUCUGCUUUCUGGAACAGAGGAUGUAACGAGUACGUUUGCUCCAAGUGGUGAUGAUGAAUAUCUUGAUGGUCAACGGAAGGUCAACGUCGAGACCCCGAUAACGUUGGAGGAAGAGUCGGCUGUUUCAGACUAUCUUAGUGGUGUAUCUAAUUAUCAGUCCAAAGUUACUGAUCCCACCAAAGAAGAAACUGGAGGAGUACCGGAGAUUGCUGAGUCUUUUGGUAAUAUGGAAGUGACUGAUGAGUCUCCUGAUCAGAAGCCAGGACAAUUUGAAAGAGACUUGUCGACGAGAAGCAAAGAAUUCAAAGAGUUUGAUCAGGACUUUGACUCUGUUCUCGGUAAGGAUUCGCCGGCGAAAUUUCCAGGUGAAUCAGGAGUUGUUUUCCCGGUGGGCUUUGGUGACGAGUCAGGAGCUGAGCUGGAAAAAGAUUUUCCGACGAGAAGUCAUGAUUUUGAUAUGAAGACUGAAACUGGAAUGGACACGAAUUCUCCAUCAAGAAGCCAUGAAUUUGAUCUGAAGACUGAAUCUGGAAACGACAAGAAUUCUCCGAUGGGCUUUGGUAGUGAAUCAGGAGCUGAGCUGGAAAAAGAAUUUGAUCAGAAGAACGAUUCUGGAAGAAACGAGUAUUCGCCGGAAUCUGACGGCGGUUUAGGAGCUCCGUUGGGAGGAAAUUUUCCGGUGAGAAGUCAUGAGUUGGAUCUGAAGAACGAAUCUGAUAUCGACAAGGAUGUGCCGACGGGAUUUGACGGAGAACCAGAUUUUCUGGCGAAGGGAAGACCUGGAUACGGUGAGGCAUCAGAAGAGGAUAAAUUUCCGGCGAGAAGUGAUGAUGUGGAAGUAGAGACUGAGCUGGGAAGAGACCCAAAGACGGAGACUCUUGAUCAAUUCUCACCGGAACUUUCUCAUCCUAAAGAAAGAGAUGAGUUUAAGGAGUCCAGAGAUGAUUUUGAGGAGACGAGAGAUGAGAAAACAGAGGAGCCAAAACAGAGCACUUACACAGAGAAGUUUGCUUCAAUGCUAGGUUACUCCGGAGAAAUUCCGGUGGGAGAUCAAACUCAAGUGGCGGGAACUGUUGAUGAGAAGUUGACUCCGGUCAAUGAGAAGGAUCAAGAAACAGAGUCUGCCGUGACGACGAAGUUACCUAUCUCCGGAGGUGGAAGUGGAGUAGAGGAGCAACGAGGGGAAGAUAAAAGUGUGUCGGGUAGAGAUUAUGUGGCGGAGAAACUGACAACUGAAGAAGAAGACAAAGCCUUUUCUGAUAUGGUUGCCGAGAAACUUCAGAUUGGAGGAGAAGAAGAGAAGAAGGAAACGACGACAAAGGAAGUGGAGAAGAUCUCUACCGAGAAGGCAGCAUCGGAGGAGGGUGAGGCGGUGGAAGAGGAAGUGAAAGGAGGAGGAGGAAUGGUUGGGAGGAUUAAAGGAUGGUUCGGUGGUGGUGCGACUGAUGAGGUGAAGCCAGAAUCGCCACAUUCUGUUGAAGAGGCUCCAAAAUCAUCUGGCUGGUUUGGUGGUGGUGCGACGGAGGAGGUGAAGCCAAAAUCGCCUCAUUCCGUUGAAGAGUCUCCACAAUCACUUGGCUCCACUGUUGUUCCGGUGCAGAAGGAGCUUUAAGAAUAUGAGAACUGAGAUUUUCAAGUUUCACUUUGGAUGUUUAUGUGUGUUUUGUUUGACGUCUUUGAUGUAUUAUGGUAUAAUUCCUUGUUUGUGUGAAAAAAGGACAUUUGGUUAAUAAAUUGUUCGGCUUUGGAUUAAGAAGUUCCUCCAUACCAGCUACUAGGUCUAAAGUGGGUAAAAUCAUUGGAUUUAUUCCCUUCAAAGUUCUUAGAAUUAUUCACAGGAUUUUACAUUAUGAGCUAGUAGUGUGACUUGUUGAGGUGUUGUCUCUAUCGUUAAAGUUCUCGAAUAUUUCUAGGAUGAGAGCAUAUUUGA